ACAAUUCACUACAGAGCUGCCCUCUUCCUGGUUCAGAACAGUAUGUUAAAGGCAGCCUGUCUCUCUCACCACAUUUCACUCCCCUGGAACAAGUGGUUGAUUUGCCUCUGCAAGAGGAAGGAGAAGCCCUGCACUGACAGAACCGAACAAGGCUGCUGAAGACACUAUGGCUGUGUUGUGGCUGCUUCAUCUUCUCGUCCUCAGCCCUUUGUCCCUGUGCACAAACCCAGGCAUCACUGUGAGACUCACACAGAAGGGACUGGAAUAUGGCCGUCAGAUUGGAAUAGCAGUCCUGCAGCAGAAAUUGAAAUCUGUUCAUAUUCCUGACAUAUCAGGGAAGGAGUCAGUGUCACCAGUUGGCAGUGUAGAGUACAGUCUGUCAGGGAUGCAAGUAGUGAGUCUUGGCCUACCUCAGUCAUCGCUUGUGUUGGCACCAGGCAGUGGGCUCAGCCUGUCCAUUGGCAAUGCCUACAUCAGCAUCGAUGGGAACUGGAGAGUGAAAUACUUAAAGUUCAUAAAGGACCACGGCUCCUUCGACCUGUCGGUGAGCGAGCUGACAAUCUCCGCCGUCAUGGCAGUAGGCAGCGAUGAGACUGGCCGGCCCACAGUGAGCUGCACCAGCUGCUCUGCCAGUGUAGGGAGUGCCAAAAUCAAGUUUCACGGAGGAGCCAGCUGGCUCUACAACCUUUUCAGUUCGUUUAUCGACAAAGCCCUGCGAAAUGCUCUUCAGGAUAAACUCUGUCCCUUGGUUACUGAUGCCAUAGCUGGGAUUAAUCCUCACCUGAAAACUCUGAAUGUGUUGGCCAAGGUGGAUCAGUAUGCCGAGAUUGAAUACUCCAUGGUCUCAUCCCCUGUUAUAACGAAAGACUAUAUUGAUCUGAACUUAAAGGGUGAGUUCUAUAAUAUUGGGAAACACCAGGAGCCUCCUUUUCCUGCUCCGGGCUUCUCCCUGCCCGCCCAGGCCAACAGCAUGCUGUACUUUGGAGUGUCCCAGUUCACGCCCAACAGCGCUGGCUUCGUCUACAGCACGACGGGUGUGCUCAGCAUCAACGUCACGGACGACAUGAUUCCAAAAUCCUCACCCCUGAGACUGAACACCAAAACCUUUGGAGCCUUCAUUCCCGAGAUUGCCAAGCGCUACCCUGGCCUACAGAUGGAGCUGCUGGUAAAGUCCACCAAGCAGCCAUUUGUCACCUUCCAGACCAACAACAUGACACUGCAGGCCGUCGGCAGCAUCGCCGCAUACGCCAUCCAGCCCAACUCCACUCUCACGCCUCUCUUCAUCCUCAGUGUGGAUGCCAGUGUGAGUGGAAACGUCUAUGUUUCUGGGGUAAAAGUGGCCGGUUCGCUGUCUCUUAACAGUUUUAAGCUGUCCUUGGUCACAAGCUACGUGGGUCCAUUUCAGGUCCAAUCUCUCAGUAACAUUUUUCAGCUGGUUUUGAAAGUGGCUGUUUUGCCCAAAGUGAACGAGCUUCUGCAACAAGGCUUUCCUCUUCCAACCAUUGAGAAGAUGAAUCUUGUGAACACUCAGCUACAAAUCCAAAAGGACUACCUGCUGAUUGGCACAGACGUCCAGUUCUCCCCCUGAGUACAACGGCGUUAUACCUCUGAUCCGCUACCUGCUGCCAGCCCUCCUCGCGCACGGCCUUGCUGAAAGAUUAAUAAUUUUUUACUGAUUAAAAAAAAUAAUGAGAACUCAUAUGACUUCCUGUUACUGCAAGUAUCAGAACUGAGAGGUGACAAAUCUGGUGGUUGAUUGUAUAACUAAUCAAAUAAUGCAUAGUGAUGAGCCAAAGUGCUUACUUGUCUGGGGAAUGGGCUCACUAACAAUUACAGAUUCAUCUAAGGGUUUCUAAAUAAAAAAAAAAAACUUUUUUACAA